AGAUUAGACUCCAGAUCCAGGCUGUAGGUACAUCCCAUGUCCAGGUUUUCUUCCAGCUGCAGAAGCUGAAUGGGAGCUGCAGAAACACACAUGCAUACACACACACACACACACAGGAGCUGGUGUGGAGGAGAACAGAAACACACAGAACCUGGUCACAUUGAUUGCUCGGGAUUGAUCGGGAAGGCUUCAUAGACUGCCAGUCUCCUGUGCAGUUUAACCGCAUCACAUCUCUGAAAGCAGCUUUCUCGCUCAUCACUUGCUCCACCAGGGCAACCUGGUCAAGCCCAACUGCGUGUGCUUCACCUCUCACCGUCUCGCCAAUGUCAACCGCCACUCAACCCUGGCACCUGAACGGAGGUGUUGGUUUCCCAUUCAAUGAGGAGAGAGUCAUGUCAGGUGGGGUGAACAGGAAUUCAGCAAUAAUCGGAGGCAUUAUUGCUGUGGUGAUCUUCACCAUCCUGUGCACUCUGGUGUUCCUGAUUCGUUACAUGAUUCGCCACAAGAGAACGCACCACACAAAUGAGUCCAAAGAGGAUGAGCACUCCGAAUCAGCUGACACGGCUAUCAUCAGCACUGAGCCCAAUUUCACCGAGACCAUCGACGAAAGCAAGAAGGAAUGGUUCAUCUAACAGAAUGGGGACAUACAUUACUUAAAUAAGGAUCAAUACAUACCCCCCUCCCAUCUCUCUCCCUACUGUAUGCGUACCUGUCUGUCUCUCUCUCUCUCCCCCUCUCUGUCUCUCUGUCUUUCCCUGUCCAGGAGUCCAGCUUCAAUGUUUUCUAAAAGUGCAGCUGUUUACUGUAUGCAUGAUACAGCCAAUGGGGGUGGGCAAGAACCAAGACCACAAUGGGAUCGAUGACUGAAGGUCUGGCCGUCUUCUGAUUCAGUUCUUAUGGGGAAAAUAUGGAGCCUGAAGAUUAGAUGAGUGGGAAUGUCAGACUGAAAAAAAGCACCCUCUUUGCUGGAACUAAUCCAAAUCUUCUCUGACCUCGUUAGACCUCUAGCUACAAAAUCAAAUCCAGAGGCCAGCUUUAGCUGUGGUUGGAUUUAGAAACGUGCUGUUGAGAUUGACGGAAACAGCACUACAAUAAUGAACUAUAUCAGCGAUGUGUUCAUGAUCUAUGCCAGCCAAACAUCCCUAAGCAGCAAUGGUGGAGAUAAAGAGCCUUACAACUAGAGCAGUGCAGGAGGAAUUAGCUGAGGGUGCCAUUAAGAAUGUGGCUAAAUCUGACCAACAAAAGCACAACAUUAAAUACAGCUUCCCAUAAAGAAAUGAUAAACUACCACUCUCAGCUGAAUCUCUUAGUCCAUUUACACUGAUAUAGAGCUGUCACUUUUUUUAAACCAUCAGUUUAUGAGCAGGGCCAUUACAUAAUCAGAUAUAUACAUUCACUAAUGCAAAGUUAAACCUAAUAAUAACUGGGGAGGGUUUUACAAGAUUUACCUCGGAUUGAAAAUACACAAUUAGUUUGUUGUCAACAACAAUUCACUACAGAUAUGCAUUUUUAUUACUUGUAUUACUUUUCUGAUGGAUAUUUUAGACCAAAAUAUUAUUCUUUUUUUUUCCAAAAAGAAAAUGAUAUAUGGCACAAAACACUAAAGGCUUAUGGCACAUGAGCAAAAGUAAUGCAUAAGAUCCCAGUAUUGUUUUUGUUUUUUUUUGGUAUUUUCAUUCUAUAUGUGCAGUCUAUUCCAUUCUAUUGUGCAGUCUAGUCUUACAAAUAUAUACAAGAGUAUAUAAACUGUAUUAAAUUAUUUGUUUCCAAGACAUGAUAAAAGCCAAAUUCCAAAUAAGUUAUAAGUAGCAUUUUUGGGGUUUCCCGUGUGGAGUUCAUGUUGCUGCUCGCCGGCCGGUUAGCUCAGUUGGUUAGAGCGUGGUGCUAAUAACGCCAAGGUCGCGGGUUCGAUCCCCGUACGGGCCACUGAGAAUUUUCCACUAUUAUCGCUUGCCUGUCUGUGAACAAUACCUUACGACAAGCCACAAGAAACAACUGACUGCUGCAUAUAAUGCGUACACUCUUAUUUACUGGUCAUCUGAAAACACCUGUGCUGGAAAUACAGACAUUAAUUGUGCUGCUUACCUUAUGUCUCCUUCAAGUGAGUUUUCUACUAUCUGAAAAUCCUUAAAUCCUUUCAACUAUUGCUAGCUGUAAUAUCUGGGUCCUGUGCAAAAGCAGUCUCUAGCCUCUUUUCCGUUUCUCGAAAAUGCAACCUUUUCAGUCUACUGCAUUUAAGAGCCUCCUCCACUGAUAGGGGCCCCGGGUAGUCAGUUCCACUUUUCUUUCUCCAAUGAUGACCCUGUUAAUGGGUAAGAAAACAACAGCAAAAAAUAUUCUAUCAAACAUUCAAACUGGCUUAGUCAUUAUGCCCUCAACCCUGACCAGUUUAUCAGUCUCUCCUGAAGAAAAGCAUCCUCACGACAUGAUGCCACCACCACCAUGCUUCACUGUGUGGAUGGUGUCUUCAGGAUGAGUGAGAACCUGAGAACCCUUUUCCACGUUUGCUGAGUUUCCAGCAUGCCUUUUUCCGGAAUGGAUUUUAAAUGUACUAAUUUUUGCUGAUUGCAUUACAUACACAUGCUGUUUAAAGUUAUUCUAAAGUUACUUUUUAUGGCAUUGCGGCGAGUUUGAUGUGCUCUUACCGGCCGGUUAGCUCAGUUGGUUAGAGCGUGGUGCUAAUAACGCCAAGGUCGCGGGUUCGAUCCCCGUACGGGCCAGCAGUUUUUUCCACUAUGGCAGGUUGCCUGCAUGUGAACAAUGCUGUACAACAAGCCACAAGAAAACAACUGGCUGCUGCACAGGACGUUAAGAGGGAAAAGCUAAGGUGGACACCCUUAGUUAUUGGUCAGCUGGAAAUAAACGUUUUAAUGCUGCUACUUCCCGGAUGUCUCUGUCAAGCAAGUUUUAUACCAUCUGAGUUAAAUUCUCUCAGCUAUUGCUAGCCAUCAGACAGUUUUGUGCUAGGAACAUUACUAUGUUGCAUGCCAGUAAUAUCUGGGUCCUGUGCAAACGCAGUCUAUGGCCUCUUUUCCAUUUCUUGAGUUUUGUUCUUAUUUGCUGUGAACUCAACUAGUAAAUCUUUUAGAUUGUGAAUGCCACACCCACGUUUGCGCCACUCCACCCAUGUUGUGCAAAUUUAUGGUCAUGAAAAUAAUGACUGAAGAAAAAAAGCAACAUCCAAGCUGUGAUAUAUGUGGAUGCCAAUUUUGCCAGCUCAUAUUCUGUGGAAAAGGGCAGAACACGUCCAGAUACAGUAGCCAUUGCAAAUACAGUCAAAAUGUUUGACUCGCUGUUUGUAUUCUUUGUGUGUCUGUUGUGUGUUUUUUUUGUUUGUUUGUUUUUUUUUGUAAUCAACAUAUAAAAUGCUGUAAUAGUACUGAUAUACAGUAAGUUGGAGCAAUGAUAUAUCUACCUUUGUAUGUACAGUCUUGAAUAUCUCAUCUUCCCUGUCCCUAUUUUGUCAAGACAAAUUAAAAAAAAAAAGGCCCAAUGGGACAAACUGCAAAAAGUUACUGCAGAGUUACACAAAAUUAUAGUAAGAAGUACACACUGAGACUGGAACAAAUGCACGUCUGUUCUCUCCAUCCCCUUUCCUUGGCUUUUCUAAAUGGAUACUCAAGCACAACAUCUCAAUGAGGAAUUGUUUCAUGGGUCAGAAUUUCAAACCCUGAAAAGAGACACAUUAAGUCAUUGUUACUCAUGAAUUCAGCAUAGAAUAAAGCAAAGGAUUUUGCUUUUUUGCUUUGCUUUUAAUCAAUUCUUUUAAAUAUCAUGAAGUAAUUCUCUAUUUUUUUUCUUUGCUGUUAAUGGUGGCAUUAUUAGCCACUAACCUGACCAUUCAGUUUUGAAUAUACACUUGUAUAUAAUCAGAAUCAUUGGAACAAUGCAUUUCUGUAAAUAAAGCUCAUUUGUACAACUCA